AUGGUUAACAAAUUUUCAUUCAAAGACGAUAAAUCCAAUCUCAAAUACAUUAACACAACCAAUAAGAAAGAAACUAAAACCAAAGAAAUAGAACUUCUCAAUCUUGUUACACAGGAAAAUGGUCAAAAUACUGAUGAAAUUGAAAAACUAAGAAAUAAUAUCAAAGUAUUAUAUAAGGAAACUGGAGCUGAUAUCAAAACGAAACUAAGUGAAAAUUUCAACAAACAUGACAGCUCAAUGAUUUACCAAUUUGACAAACAUCUAAAAGAAAAACCAAUAGAUUGGAAAGAUAUCAAAUUCUCUGAAGAAGAUAUUGUGCAUCACUUUGAAACAAAAUUUGAAACAAAACCACGUACUGUGCAGAGAACAUCAACAAAAAAAUAUUACCAGCAAAAUUCAAUGGCUCAUCAAUUCAAUUUUGAUUUGUCGGACGAAGUUGAAGACCAUUACGAUGAUUUGUCGGAGCAAGAUUUUGAUCAAAAUAUUGGGGAUGAUUAUGGAUACGAUGAUGAGUUUGUUGGUGGGAGUUAUGGUCAAGAGCCUUCUCAUCUUCUUGAAAAUAUUGAAAAACAACAAACUCCCAAUACCUCAGCCAAGAAACAAGAAGGAAUGCUCGGAAGUCACAAUGCUGUUAUUGGGAGUGUUGGUGUUGGUGCUCAUACACCAAAUUUCCAAAAAAUUAGCACCAGCUUCAGAAAGUCCGUUAGUCAGAACAACGGCUCUCUUGAAGACGACAAGCCUCGUAUUUUGUUGAUGGGUCUUAGAAGGAGUGGUAAGAGUUCCAUUCAGAAAGUCGUAUUUCAGAAAAUGUCUCCACACGAAACACUUUUCUUAGAGUCAACUAACAAAAUUGUGAAGAACGAUAUUUCAAACAACACCUUUGUUCAAUUCCAAAUUUGGGAUUUUCCAGGUCAGAUAGACCUAUUUGGGGACACUCAGAAUUUUGAAUGUGAAUUAAUUUUCACCGGAUGUGGAGCCAUUGUAUAUGUCAUUGAUGCCCAAGAUAAUUAUUUGGACAGUAUAACAAAGUUAGCUGAAACAAUUCAACAAGCCAGCAAGGUCAACGAUCAAAUUGCAUUUGAAAUAUUCAUUCACAAAAUGGAUGGAAUCAGUGACGAUCACAAAAUUCAAAUUCAACAGGACAUUCAACAAAGGUUGUCAGAUGAAUUGAAUGAUUCAGAUAUUAAAGUAUCUCCAAACGUUAAGACCAGAUUUCACAUGACAAGCAUUUAUGACCAUUCAAUAUUUGAGGCCUUUAGUAAGGUUAUUCAAAAGCUAAUUCCUCAAUUACCAACAUUAGAGAAUUUAUUAGACCUGCUUGUGACAAACUCACGGUUGGAAAAGGCUUUUCUUUUUGAUGUGGUUUCUAAAAUCUAUAUUGCUACUGAUGCUACACCUGUUGACAAUACUACAUACGAACUGUGUAGUGAUAUGAUAGAUGUUGUGAUCGACAUAAGUUGCAUCUAUGGAAACAGAGUGAAUGGAGGAGAAGGAACAACUGGCGCCUAUGAUGAAGAAACUGGUGCUGUGAUCAAAUUGAACAACGGAAGUGUUCUUUAUUUGAGAGAAGUUAACAAAUAUCUUGCAUUGGUUUGUUUGCUUACAAAAGAUAGCUAUGAGAAAGUUGGUCUCAUCAAUUACAACUUUGACAUCUUUAAGCAAGCCAUCGAAAACGUGUUUCAAGUACGCUCUACUUUGCAAAAGAAAAAACGUGAUUUCAAAAAGAAAAAAGAUCUGGCGAAUAAAUAG